CGAUUUUUCUGCGUUUACUUAUUAGUAGAUUACCACGUGCUUCUGCAAUUGUUUAAGGACUGAAUGGGUUUUGCGGUUCUUUUUUCACUCACUAUCCUCAUAAUAGUACUAAUCGAAUCUGAAGCUUGCCGUCCUAACGAACUGGAACCGUGUUUGGAAAUUCUACAAUCUGUAGCCCAGAGUGAUGACUUGGCUUUAGCAACAACGAAACAUGACCUUCAAAUCGUGUGCAGAAAGUUGCAACAAGGUGUGAGGUGCAUUGACGAACAUAGUUCACGAUGCUUCAACACAGCCCAACAAAGAGUAUACGAUUCAGUAGUUUCAGAAUCCCGACAAGUCAUAGAAGAUUUGUGCAUCGAAGGAGAGUUGCAGCAAGAUUACUUAAAGCAUGCUCCUUGCUUUAAAAAUAUUUCCACGGAUUCAAAAAAGUGCGCUCAAAAGUACAGAAAAAUUGCAAAACUGUCACAAGAGUUAGAUGAAGAAGACAAAGACACUGGUCUAAAGUCUGUCUGUUGGCAGGCAGCGCCGGAUUGGGGGAGAAGAUUGUGCUUAUUUCUAUUUAAAUAAAUAAAACACGCGGUGGUUUCCCCUCUUU